UUCCUUUGCUUCAUUCAUUUCCAUUUUGCUUCUAAAACAACUAGUGUACUAUUCAUCACUACAAAAUCUAAUCUAUAUCUUUCUGUGUAUCUAUCUAUCAUGGCGGCACCACUAAUGUCACUCCCUCUAACCACACCCACCAUUUCUCAUCACCCACAACCACAACCUCCAACACUAUCUUUCACAACAAUCAAACCACCAUCAUCAUCAUUAUCAUCAUCAUCAUCAUCAUCAUCAUCUUUAUCUAACAGUAGUAGUAGUAACUAUUCUUCAGAUGGGUUUUUCAAAGCAAGAUUUGGGUCUUCUUCAGUUUUAAGAGGAGGUGGAGCUGCUGGUGUUUUGGAAAGGCCUGCCUUAGAUCAAUCUCAGUUUGACCCUGCUACUCAACUCCAAGAAGGUGGAGAUAUUGGACGGGUUAGAGACAAGAAAAACACUGGUAGUGGAGAUAGUUACAAAGUGCUUUUGAUUGAUGAUGCACGUCAUACCGAGAAGCUAGUGGUAAAAGUGUUGCCUCAGGCUGUUCCAGCUGUUACACCUGAUGAUGCAAGCAAACUCUUCCAUGCCUCACGAGAAAAUGGACUGGCUGUGGUUCUGGUUACAGUUAAGGAACAUGCAGAGUUCUAUGCCCAGAUGAUGAUGCGCAAAGGACUACGAUCAACAAUAGAGCCAGAUUCAACCACUGUAUGAUUUUCCUAUACGACUACAUUUUUUGAGCUGUAGACUCGGUGAGAGCAUUUGGACUUGAUGAGGUGCUCUCAAAAACCAAUUUUGAUGGAGCCAGUAGAAAUAUCGCUAGCAUUAUAUAGACAUCGACGAACAACAUAGUAGAUGUGUAAACAUGCAUUCUUUCUUCGGGUUGCAUAUAGGCUGACACGCCUUGUCAUGAAACACGACUAGUGAAUGUAAAGAAGAUUAAACAAUAGAUACUUCUAAUAUAAUAUAUAUGUUGUGACUUGUGAUUUAUCAAUCA